GAAUCUAUUGCGAAAUUUCCCCUGCAGUCUGACGAAAACCGUGAAUUUCUUCGUAAUUCUCAGUAGGCCCUCUCUCUCUCUCUAGGUUAGGAUAAAAGAGUACGUGUUUAUCAUUUCUGUGUUUUCAUAGAGUUCAAAAAAAUUCGCUUUAGAAGACUAUUGUGAGUGUUGACGAGAAGAUAAGAAGCACGUAGUCGGAGAUGGAGAUGGAUCCAUUGGUGAUGAAGGUGAAGCUGAAAGAUGUAGUGAGGGAGAGGGUCCUCCCCUUCCUCCCUGCCAAAUCCCUCCUCCGUUUCAUGUCCGUUUCCAAGGAAUGGAAGGGAUGGAUCAACAGCCCUCUCCUCGCCUUCCAUCAGAGCCACUACUUCAACAAACUCUCCGGUUUCUUCGCCCAAACCCAAACAACUGAUCCCACAUUCAUCACCUUGGACGCUUCUGCUUACGGAGUUGCAAUGCCUAACCUCAGAUUCCUGCCCGAGCCCGUUCACAUCGCGACCUCCUGCAGCGGCCUACUCGUCUGCCUCGGCCGUGAAUCCGACUCCUACUACAUCUGCAACCCGGCAAGCAAGGCGUGGGCUCCCCUGCCUCAGCCUCUGCUUUACCACCAAUACGGGGCACGGGCCAUUCUUGCCUUCGAGCCAUCUGCAAGAAACAUAGAGCAGAGGUAUCAGCUGAUCUGUGCUGUGCCUUUACCCGGUGGCGAGCUGAGCUUCGAGCUCUACAGCUCCGCCACAAAGUCGUGGACGGUCUUGAACACCACCUUACCGGACAUGGAAAAUCUCAGAAUGAUAGGCAACGGGUUGUACAUGAAGGGAGUGGCGUACUGGCUCACAGACGCGGGGAUGGUGAUAGCUUACGACGUGGAGAGGGAGUUGCACGACCUCAUACCUGUAGAGAGCUCAGACGGCGUCCUGGCUCAGAUGGCGGGGGAGCUCUGCUACAUCACCAUGUCCCACUUGACAGGCAGCAGGUACAAGAUCAUGAUCCACGGGGGGAUGGACUUGAGCUUGAAGCGUUGUCUGGAGAUCAGCAUUGGGGAGAUCGAUCCCUGGUUUAGGGUUCUGUCGUGUGUCGAUGGGGAGACAGUGAUGAUUCUGUUUGAGGAUUGGAUCUACUCUUACAGCAUCAGUGAUGGGAAUCUUGAAGCAAAAACUAGGGUUGGGAUUGGAUCUGUUUCUGCAGAUAACAACUAUCUGCCUUAUGUCAACACUCUGGUUCAGGUGGAAGGCGUUUGGUAGUUUUUUUUUUUACACUCAUCUUGCUUGCUUCUCUUGUGUAAUUUCUCGAAUCACUUUUGACUGAUAUUUCGUAUUUUCAUCA